AUGUCAAGUAGUGCUCAUUCACCAACUGUCAACCAUGCCUCCCACGAUACCACAUUCGAUCUUGAUAACUCCUUCGAGACGGACGAUAUUCAAGCUCAACACACCACCUCCCAUGAACCAACCAUCUUCGCAGCGACUACCCCCGUUUUAUCUCACCAGAGCCAGGUUCCAUAUCAUCAGGCACCUACUCUUGGCAGUGUCGCCACUACAACGCAAUUGCAGUUCUCCAAGUCCCUUGACGACACCAGCGGCUCGAGAUCCAUUCUGUUGGGAGCGUCUUCUGAGUCCGACCCUUGGUUACUCCGCCACUGCCAAUUCGACGAGUAUGGCCUGAGGAGCUUCUAUGGUUUGCAGUUCAGAAAUAUUGGUGGAGUUCCUAACAGGCAGAAAAUUCCAGUGCACUUCAUCGUGAGACAAGACGAGACGAAUGUGAUAGACUCGUCACUAAGGACCAGGCUGGAUGACCUUAUACCUGUGUCUUGGGGAUUAAGGCUCAUCAGAUUGUUCUAUAAACAUGUUUACCCAAUAAUUCCGAUUAUAUCUUCGACGUACUUUACCCAAGAACUGCUCAGCGAUUCAUGCCCUGCGCCCGGUGUAUUUGAUCACGUACCUUGCCACUUACUCGGCGCCAUGUAUGGCCUUGCAAUGCCCUUCGCCAGAAACGAUGAUCAUCUCUCCAUCGUCGACAUCCACAACCAACUCCCUCGUAAGGCCGUCUGGAGUCUCGUCUAUGAAAGUACACAGGAAGGAAUUCGCCGUCCUCAAUUGUCUGUCUUGCAAGCGGGCCUUUUCUAUCUACAUGGGAUCAGCCAGGGUCACCAACCGCUUUCGACUGCGCCAGAUGCCUUCAAGUGGUCAUGGCUGGGUAGUCUCAUCGGCAUGGCUCAGAAUCUCGGCCUGCAUCUUGAGACCCGAAUGUGCGCCAUCCCGACUGAAGAGAAGCAACUACGUGCCCGGCUCUGGUGGGCAUUAUAUACGGAGGACAAGUGGCUUUCGCUUCUAAUGGGUCGACCACCUUACAUAUGCCACAAUGAAUGGGAUGUUGCUCAGUUGGAAGAAACGGACUUCAGCAUUCCGAGCAGUAUUCUUUUUACGGAUGUUUCGCACGCUGAGUUAACGAGGCCAUUCAGAGAUAUAGCCCGCCUCUCAGUAAUCGCAAGUUCGGUACAGGCAUCUUUUUAUUCACUGAAGGCUUCCCAGCAGCUGUCCGAGAACUUGUCCCUGUCUAUUCAGACAGCCCAGCCCAUCUUUGAGCAACUAAGCCUUUGGCGUGCUUCCGUCCUGGCCCCAGAAUCCCCAACGAUAACAACUAACAAUGGUAUGCUCAACGAUAAGGCAUCGUACCCCGCGACGAUACUAGUUGCCCACGCAACACUAGUUACGUAUGUUUGGAGAGCGCUUCUACGCCCCAUCGUGCCAUCGGCUGUGCCACCACUUAUCGUCGAUGAUCAACAGCUUGCAGAAGCCUCUCUGGUUAUGGAACUCCAGCCGCAUGAUAUCGAGAACCUUUGCUGGGAUCUACCAGAUCUGUCGCAUCUCGAGUUGCCACUGAGGAGCAGCAUUGAUGGCACGGGUUCACACGAUGCAGUUAUCCAGAACCUUCAUCAGUCUUCUCUGGCCUGGGCAACCAGCCUGACAAGUCUUGUGAAAAAUCUCUCCCCAGCUCGCUUUCACGAAUUUUGGUACUCUUGGUCGAAUGUCUGCUUCGCCGUAAUGUCUAGCUUUGCAAUGGUUGUCUUCAUUCAAUCGCCGACGCAAGAAGCGGCACUAAGAUCACGGGAUAUGCUGGCCGCUUGGCGUCAAAUUGUAAGGGACCAAAGUAAGGUCUCUCCACUGCUACUCCCAACGUUGGCGCGAACUGAUGGAUAUUUUGCCGCUGGUUUUUCUGAAGUCUUUUCACUACCGGCUCAUGUCAAAGCGGCACUCCAGCCUUAG